CACGGGCUUGCGCUCUGUUCAGAAAGACAGAAGGAGGUAGGUCGUGGUGUAUCAGUACAGGCAGAGAGACGGGCGGCAGUAAGGACGCACGGGGACGGUCAAUUUUACGUGACACGGCGGCGAUAUUCUUCUCAAGAUGCUGAGCGCAGUGCUGUUGUGUGUGUGUGCGUUCGCAUGCGGACAGGUCAUCGGAACGGCUACACGUCCGGACAAUGGCAAUUUUCUGGAUGACAAAUGGCUCAGCGGGAGAUGGGAUAAAUUUCGAGACGAGCCUGGUACCUGGAAUCCAGCAAAGCCAUUUGAUCAAGCUCUUGAUCCCGCCAAAGACCCCUGCCAAAAAAUCAAAUGCGGCCGACACAAAGUGUGUGUCACUGAAGAUUACAACACCCCUACCUGUGUGAGCCAGAGGCGCGUGAGUCUUAAAGACAUCGGCUUGGCUCAGAGCCCAGGUGGGAAAUGUAAAAGAUGUCCAGUUGUCCACCCCUCUCCUGUGUGUGGGACAGAUGGACACAGCUACUCCUCAAAGUGUAAACUGGACUACCAGGCUUGUAUCUCUGGGAAGCAGAUUGCUGUAAAAUGCUCAGGACAAUGCCCGUGUCCUUCUCCGAGUCCACAGAGUCAUCUGGAGAAGAAAGAUUGCAGUGCUGCUGAGACUACACAAGUGGUCAGCAGGCUGAGAGACUGGUUCAAAGUUCUUCAUGAAAAUGGAAGCAACAAAAAGCUGAAGUUUCAGCGCCCAGACAAAAGCCGCUUUGACUCCAGUGCUCCACUGUGUAGAGACUCUGUGGGCUGGAUGUUCACCAGACUGGACACCAACUUUGACCUUGCGCUGGACCAGUCAGAGCUGCUGACUCUGUCGCAGGAGAAGAGUGACCGCUGCACUGCUGCCUUUCUCAAGUCAUGUGACCUCUCCGGCGAUGGACAUCUGUCCAGCAGGGAGUGGUGCUCCUGCUUCCAGAGACAACAGGGCUCCCCCUGCCUUGCAGAGCUCAACAACAUCAACAACAAGCAAGGUGGCAAAAGACUGCUGGGUCAGUUUUUGCCAGUGUGUGAUGACGAUGGCUUCUACAAAACUCACCAGUGCCAUGGCAGCAGUGGGCAGUGUUGGUGUGUGGAUCGCUAUGGAAACGAACUGGCAGGCUCCCGCAUACAUGGACCGGCCAGCUGUGGUGCGGUGGCCGAAGCCUCUGGUGACUUUGGAAGUGGUGAUGCUCAAAUGCAGUCCGAUGAUGAGGAUUCUGAUUACCUAAACGAUGAAGAGCUGUAUGAUGAUGAGGAUGAGGAGGAAGAUGAUGGCACUGAAUAUGAUUGAUACCUCUCAGAAAAGAAGACAAUAACACAACAACAACAACAACAACAACAACAACAAGAAACAUUUUAAAACUCAUCUUUGGUGCACGUUGCUAGGUGACCCCCUGUGAGAAAAAUACUUACCAUACUAACUACGACAAGUGAUCUCUUGACUCUUUCCUCUGCAUUGUUUGUCCUUCUGACUGCCCCCCCCCCCGUGUCCUGAUGCGCGCGUCUGACUUGAUGUGGUUGUGCUGCUGCUCAAUGAGGAGGCCAGCCUGAGCCUUCUGACCCCCAGAGCAGCUAGUUGAGGCACAGAUCAUGUGCAAUUCACCUGCCCUUACAACACACACACACACACACACACACACACACACACACAUGCAUGAACACACACACACACACACACAUACACACACACACACACAAGCAUAUGACAUACACAUGGCAAAAACACACAACGUUGGCUGUGUUCUUUUGUUUCUUGUGGUAUGUGGGUGUUGACCGUGUGUAGAAUAUUGCACUUUCUCAUUUCUUUCAUCCAGAGUUGCCAACAAAAGGUUAGCUGUGCUACUUCAUAGCCUGGUAGGGUGUAUAGAGAGCAUACAGUUUAAUGUUAUCCUGGUUGUGUAUAGAGGAGUUCCUCCUGCUAAAGGACUGGGGACAGACAAGAGCUGUAAGGAAAAAGCAUUAUGGUUACAAAAAUAGCUGAUACAUACAACACUUAAGAAGUUAAGAGGCUAUUUUUCUAUGGCAUUGUUUUACAUGUGUGAACUUUUUUUUCUGAAGGAAGGAACAUCAUAUGGAUUCCAUUGAGAAUGGUGUAAUGCCAGUGAUGAAACAUAGUCAACAUAAUAAUUCUACUCAAGUUAAACAUAAACUCUAAUCUGCAUAUAGAAAAUAUAUAAACACACAAAUACACACUCACAAUACUGUCAUUAUAUUCUCAUUGUCAUACCUGCUAGACACUGACUGCUAGAGUGAGGUGCCUUUGAAUGGUUAAGAGAGGGAGAGAGAAAUGACGUGAAGAACUUUUUUUUAUUUGGCUUAGGUAGACAUAAAGGCUGUAGUCCUUUAGGAAGCAGUUCAGACAGCUUAACGCUUUACUGCUGGGUUUGACUGUCUUGAGUUCUGAGUGAAUGGGCCUGUCUGUGUGUAGAUACACUUGUUUGUGCGUGAGUGUAUUCAUAUAUAUCAGUGUGUUCUAUAUGAAGUAUGCAAUUGAUCCAUAUUGAACUGUACUGUAGCAGUUAGCAGUAAGACUUCUAAAAGAUGUGUCUGUUUAUUUUUGUAUCUGUUGGUUUAGUCAUGUUUUUCAAUUGGACCAUGUAUUCACUGGUAAAACAACAUGUUAGGCCUAAGUAAUUGUUCUGAUGUGUGGCUGGUGAGCCUCGGCUUCCUCCAUUGGUCGACCCAACUGUGAUUCUCAUUCUGAUCUCACUGCAUCUCAGCCCUCCAUCUCAACAAGGACCAUCACACCACUCCGUCUCUUUUAGACAUAUAGGCAUUUUUUACAGUGUAUGAUUUGCUGAAAUAAACAAUAUUGACCAAAUGUGAA